GUCGCUGUUAUAAUCUGCUGCGCCGUCGAUUCCGUUGUUUUUGUCAUACGGGUUAUUUAAUGUGGAAGAGUACAACGAGGAACACUGUACUAGUUUGAUGCUCGUGCAAGCAAAGCCAGGGUAAUGAUACGGGCUCGUUCUUCUCCGCGCGCGGCACCAGUUGCUUUAGAGAGCGGCUCGAAUUCUCGAUCGAUUGCUAGCGAGCCCUGAUUUUAUCUUUAAUUCCGCUUUGCUUUACCUUUAGUCGACCGGGCCAGGGAGCAGGAAUCCGUCGCUUUGCUUUUGUUGUUAGUUUCUUUGACAGCUAACUGAAUGAGUGAGGCUUCUUUUUCAUCUUUCUCCCCAUGUCAUUUGAAUUCAGAUGAUGAUGCAGCAGCAGAAGGAGCAGAGGAAGGCCAUGCCGGUGGUGAAGGUGCCGGCCGUCGCGGUGGCCAGAGGCGGGAUGAGCAGGAUCCAGUUAAGGCGAGAGCGGAAGCUCGCGCUGCAGCAGGAUGUGGACAAGCUCAAGAAGAAGCUGCGGCACGAGGAGAACGUCCACCGGGCUCUGGAGCGGGCGUUCACGAGGCCGCUCGGCGCCCUGCCUCGCCUGCCGCCCUACCUGCCGUCCCAGACGCUGGCUCUUCUGGCGGAGGUGGCGGUGCUGGAGGAGGAGGUCGUGCGGCUGGAGGAGCAGGUGGUCAAUUUCCGGCAAGGCAUCUACCAGGAGGCCAUCAUCUUCUCCACCUCCACCAAGAACACGCACCUCCCCGGCGGCGGCGGCGAUGGAUGCGCGCCGCCGCAGCUCAUGCCGUCCAACCCGACUCUACCAACUACAGAGCUCCCUCCAACGGUACACCAUGGUUCCGAUCGUCCUCCUGCUCGUCCAUCGCCGAACGGCAAGCAAACGCCGAGAAAACCAAUUCCGGCUUCAGCGAACCAGGAUGAUGGCCCAGGCUCUGGGGCAGGAAAAGAGAACCAGUCAUGCAGGAAUUCUCGCCUGUCGCCGUCGCAGAAGGUUGCCAAAUUCAGGGUGCCGGCAGCGGCGCCUGAGAAACGCAGGGCUGCUCAGACGAUCAGUGCAGCGCCUGCCAGCAAUAAUUCAGGGAAGGUGUCGCUGGACGGGUCGAGCGCGCCCAACCGAUUGUCGGAGGAGCUGCUGAGCUGCCUGCUGACCAUCUUCUCCCAGAUGGGCUCACCGGCGGCACCGGCGGACGAGGAGCAGCAGCCAUUGUCCCCGUCGGUUUCAGGGUCCUCGUCAGAGGACGCGUACCCUCAGGACCCCUACGGCAUCCUGGAGCUGGGCGGCGCCAGGGACGUCGGCCCCUACCGGCGGCUCCACGUGAUCGACGCGGCGUCGUUCGACCGGAACGCGCUGGCCAGCAACACGCUGCUCGCCCGGAGGUUGAAGGCCUUGCUCCGGAAGCUCGCGUCGGUUGACCUGGCGGGGCUCUCCCACCACCACAAGCUCGCCUUCUGGAUCAACGUCUACAACUCCUGCAUGAUGAAUGCAUUCCUGGAGCAAGGUGUACCUACCACGCCCCAAAUGCUCGUGGCCAUGAUGCCCAAGGCGGCCAUAGAGGUGGGUGGGCGCACGCACAGCGCCAUGUCCAUCGAGCAUUUCGUCCUCAGGCUGCCCUACAGCGUCAAGCAUGUGAACCCUCCGGAAGGGACGAAGGUCGACGACGCCGCGGCGCGGGCUGGCGCGUUCGGACUGGAGUGGCCGGAGCCGCUGGUUACGUUCGCGCUCUCCUGCGGGAGCUGGUCCUCCCCCGCCGUGAGGGUGUACACGGCGGCGCGGGUGGAGGAGGAGCUGGAGGGCGCCAAGAGGGACUACCUGCAGGCGGCGGUGGCCGUGUCGGCGCCGGAGCGGCUCGCCAUCCCCAAGCUCCUGCACUGGUACCUCCUGGACUUCGCCAAGGACGUGGACUCGCUCAUGGACUGGGUGUGCCUGCAGCUGCCCGGCGAGCUGCGGCAGUCCGCGAUGCGCGCCGUGGAUGAAGGCCGGCACGCGCGCCGCAUCCAGGUGCUGCCCUACGAGUUCAGGUUCAGGUACCUCCUGGCCUCGUGAGGUUGCAGGAGCUUUGAUCG